AGUUUCAAAAUGAACAGUAGUUUGUACGUAUAUUAUUUAUUGCUGGGUGUAGUUAUAUGCGACGACUCACCCUUACUAAGAUUUUAUUAUAGGUCUAUUGAUGACUACAAAGAAUUUAACUUCAGUGAAGCUUAUCAAGUACUUUCUACACAAUGGUAUAAUCCUAAUCGAACUACUGUUAUAUUUACCCACGGAUUUCGAGGUAAUCCCCAAGGGCCAGCUGUAACUGCCGUAAUAAAGUCUUAUUUGGAACAAGGAAAAAGCAAUGUUGCAUUGUUAAAUUGGGAAAAGUUGGCAGCACCAGUGCUUCCUAGUGUGUUCAAUUCUUAUGCAAAUUGGGCUGCACCUAAUGCUAGAAAGGUGGGGCAAUAUUUUGCUGAAACUCUGCUAAACCUGUCGGAUGCUGGACUUAAUUUAGAUAACAUACACCUAAUCGGCCACUCUUUAGGCGCUCAUCUAUUCGGUAUAGCUGGAAAUACGUUGUCUAAAGAAGGAACUCAAGUACCAUGGAUAACAGGUUUAGAUCCCGCCUCAGUCGGGUUUGAGACUAGACCCUUGUCAUCUAAAUUACACGCGGGCUCCGCAGGCUUCGUAGAUGUCAUUCACUCGGACCCUGACCGAUACGGGUACAAACGACAAAUGGGUACAGUUGACUUCUGGCCUAAUUAUCGAACUCUGGGGCCUGUCAUACAGCCGGGAUGUGACAAUCGACAACAUUCUACAUUCAGUAUGGAAGAUUUAUGUAAUCACAAUAGAAGUUGGCAGAUUUUGGUGGACACUUUAAAAUACCCAGGCACCAUAAUUGGGCGGUUUGCAGAGAAUUAUAGAAAAUGGAAGAACUAUUCACAACAAGAUGGAGAUGCUAUAGUAUUGGAAAUUGGAGUUUGUUUGGAAAAUAUAGUCCCAGGAAAUUAUUAUUUUAGAACAUUUGCUGAAUCUCCGUACGGAAUGGGCAGUGGUGGUUUAUAUCCAUAGGAGCAAGCCCGGCCUAAUUAUUACUCACAUUAAAAUGAAAACAACAUCAAUUAUUAUAUUGACUAAAUUAUUAUUUUCAUUUAUUGACUGGAACGAUAACAAAUGUAUCGUUAUCGUUACAGUCAAUUUAAGCCUUAAUUCAAACUAAAGCAGCAGGUCUUAUCUGGAGUAUGAUCUUAAUAUGAAUUUUAAUUUAAUACAUAUUUGUAAUGUUCUUUUGAAACGUAAUAUAUAACUACAGCAACAUAAUAAGCGGAAUAAAUCGACAACAAUAACGGUAAAUUCUUUUAUUGACUGCUAGUUUAUAAUUUAAUUAUAUAAGAUGGUGUUAGAGGGUGUAAACAAUGUCAUUGUAGAGUCAUGGUAUACAUUACAUAAUAUUAGUUUCAUAGUUUAAAUGUAGCCUUUCCUUAUACAUGUGUACUCGAAGUCAUAGAAAAUGGAUCUAUAAGAAUAUCUACUAAGAGUUUGCCAUCGAUAUAAUGAUUUGUUAUUCAUCAAGAAUUGGAUAGAUUAAUCACCCGGGAAUUUUUUCACAAAUCAUUAUAGCACUUAAAAAGAAAAUGGAUUCCUUGAUGAGAAUGCCAAAUAAUACCGCACUUUUGUAUUGCAAAAUUAUACUCUACUUAAUUUUUUACUUUAACGUAUAGUUUUUAUAUACUUUACUAUUUGUAAUAAAUCAACAAUAUCUCUACCAUUAUUGGUCCCGAUAAAACUUCAUCAUAUACCGUAGUGGGUACUUAAAAAAAUAUAGUAAAAAAAUAUUAAUAAAUUAAUCAUUGAAGGAUUAAAAUUUAAUUAUUGUUAUACAUAUAUAUAUAUUAAAACAGUUAAUACAGCUAUGAAGUUUA